AAGAUGGGAUGUAAAAACAAAUAAGAGUAACUGAUUGCUACUGAAUGAAAUGGAUCAGCGGUUAGAACACUGACUAUACUAUACAAAUAGUUUAGGUUUAUCCCUCCAAAAAACUGGGAAGCUGCAUGCCUGCAUUCAUGGUUCGAAUAUCUUUCUCUGUGUCUCUUUCUCCUUUCUGGACAUGUCAAUUUCUCUUCAAACAACAAAAACGCAGUGUUUGAACCAAAUUCCUUUUUCUUCAUUAUCCCUUUUUCUAUAUAAUCAAUCUCAUCCCUCUCUAACCCUUCAACCUUAUCUCUCUCCUUUCUGCUUCCACCACACGUUUAAACCUCUCUGCGUGGCAAGUUUAGGUCUUUUCACCCAUUUCCUCCACCAUUAAGAUGGCCAUUCCUUACCCGCAUUUCACCGCCACCGAGAACGCCGACAUGGACGCCGCCCUCCUCCUCCCCUCCUCCCCCUCCGUCAUCAUCACCCAAGAUAACCUCAAGAAGAUCGCCGCCUACAAGGCCGUCGAGUACGUCGAAUCCGGCAUGGUUCUCGGCCUCGGCACUGGCUCCACCGCCAAGCACGCCGUGGACCGCAUCGGAGAACUUCUCCGACAGGGCGAACUCAAAGACAUUGUCGGAAUCCCCACCUCCAAGAAAACCCACGAACAGGCACUCUCCCUUGGGAUUCCCCUGUCCGAUCUCGACUCCCACCCCGUCGUCGAUCUGGCCAUCGACGGUGCCGACGAGGUUGACCCUUUCCUCAACCUCGUAAAGGGUCGCGGCGGCUCCCUCCUCAGGGAGAAGAUGGUGGAGAGCGCGUGCAAGAAGUUUAUUGUUAUUGUUGACGAGUCCAAGCUCGUGAACUAUAUAGGGGGGAGUGGAUUGGCCAUGCCCGUUGAGGUUAUUCAGUUUUGUUGGAAGUUCACCGCUGAGAGGUUGCGCAGGUUGUUUGAGGAGGCUGGGUGUGUUGCAAAGCUUAGAACUUUUGGGGAGAAGGAUGAGCCCUUUGUCACUGACAAUGGGAACUUCAUCGUGGAUUUGUAUUUCGAGAGGAGUUUCGGGGAUUUGAAAGCUGCCAGUGACGCAAUUCUGCAGCUUGCUGGGGUGGUGGAGCAUGGCAUGUUUCUGGAUAUGGCUACCACUGUUAUUGUGGCAGGGGAACUUGGCUUGACGGUGAAGAAUAAGUAGGAAUGAAUUUACU